AUGGUUCUCGGCCGCCUCACCCACUAUGCCUUUGACGCCAUAAUGAUCUCGGCCUUCCUCGCCGGAGUGAAGCGCUCCACUGGCCUAACCAUAAAAUCAGAGACCAUUUCUGAAUCGCCCAGCAUCAAAAAGUGGAUCGACAACUACCUCUGGGCCGGCGAAUGGGUUAUGGACCAGAGUGUCGCCGUCAUGGCGUCCACUUCAUACUUCGAGCGGAAGCGCUGA